AAAAUUAUUUGAAAUUACAAAGUUGACCUAGUCUCACCAACGUUCGGUAAACGGCGCCGUCAGAGUCAUUCCGUCGCACCCACCAGUAGCUGACCAGGUUGUCCGAAAAGAGAAAGUUGCUUUGAAUUUUUUAGGUUUGUAGAAGACGCGCCAAAAAGUCGUGCCCCGCACUGAGAUUCCAUUACAAGUCACUUCUCCUGUAAGCUUCUUCAUUUUCAUCUCUUACUUAUACACACCAAUUUCGAAAAACCCUCCAAAUUCUCAUUGACCCACUCCCACAGUUAACUCCGAGCAACAAUGGCAACACGUGAUCUGAAAGUGGAAGAACUCCGGGCCAAACUCGACGAACGCGGCCUCAGCACCGCCGGUAUCAAGCCUACUCUGGUUAGGAGACUCGACGCCGCGAUUCGGGAGGAGAAGAAAAUGAAAGCGGUGGAUUUGAACAGCGAUCCUGACAGUAGUCGCAAGAGGAAGAGGGAUUCCGACGCUAACGAUUCCGAUUCAGGAGCACCGCCGAAAAUCGAGACCAUUGAUGAGUUGCAAAGCAUGAAUGUGAAGCAGCUUCGCGAAAAGGCCUCGAUUCGAGGAGUCUCUGCUGCUGGAACUAAGAAAGAGCUUAUCGAGAGGCUCUGUGCUGAUGUUGGUGGCUCUCCAACCGCUAAUGAUGAAGGUAAAUCGAUCAAUUCAAACCUAAUUGUAUUUGACUGUCAUUUGAAACCUAAUUCUGAUUUUUAUGGGACAGAUUUGGCAGUUGAAACCAAAGAGGAGAAUGCUGAUUCCCCUGCAUCAGUGGAAGUCAAGACAGUUGAUGAAUUGCGAACAAUGAACAUAAAACAGCUUCGAGAAGAGGCCAGUAUUCGGGGAAUUUCCACCAUCGGCACAAAAAAAGAGCUUCUAGAGAGGCUUUGCGCUGAUAACGACAAUAUCUCAACGGGUAAAGAUCCAGUGAAAGAACAAAAGGAGGAGAAAAUUGUUACAGCUACAAAGAAAGGUUCUGCUGUCUUGGAUCAAUGGCUGCCGGACCAUAUUAAGGCGCAGUAUCACGUUCUGCACGUAGGUGAUGAAAUUUAUGAUGCCUUGUUGAAUCAAACAAAUGUCGGGGCGAACAAUAACAAAUUCUUUGUCAUUCAGAUUCUAGAAUCUGAUGAUGGUGGCAAAUACAUGGUCUAUUAUAGAUGGGGAAGAGUUGGUGUGAAGGGUCAAAAUAAGUUGAAUGGCCCCUACAACUCACAGCAAGCUGCCAUCUAUGAGUUUGAGAAUAAGUUCUUCGACAAGACAAAGAACAGAUGGCUUGACAGGAAAGACUUUGUUAGUUAUCCACGUACCUAUACUUGGUUAGAAAUGGACUACAGCGAAACCAAAAAUUUACCACCUGUUCAAGAUAAGCAGAAAUCUACAGUACUACAAGAACCUCAAGAGUCAAAGCUGGAAGCUCGUAUCGCAAAGUUCAUCUCUCUUAUUUGCAAUAUGAGCAUGAUGAGGCAACAGAUGAUGGAAAUAGGAUACAAUGCUGACAAAUUACCAUUGGGUAAAUUGAGCAAAUCGACAAUUUUAAAGGGCUAUGAUGUAUUGAAAAGGAUUGCUGAUGUAAUUGGCCAAGCUGAUAGAAAGACUCUUGAGCAAUUAAGCGGGGAAUUUUACACAGUAAUCCCGCAUGACUUUGGUUUUAAGAAAACAAGUCUGUUCAUCAUCGAUACCCCUCAAAAGCUAAAAGGAAAAUUGGAAAUGGUUGAAGCACUUGGUGAAAUUGAGGUUGCUAUGAAGUUGAUCGAGAAUGAUAUUGAUAUGGAGGAUCCUCUGUAUUCUCAAUACAGGCGACUGCAAUGUGAACUCAUGCCACUUGAAGUUCAUUCAGAGGAAUUCUCCAUUAUUGAGAAAUACACAAAGAACACUCAUGCAAAGACGCAUUCGGGUUAUGAUGUGGAUAUUGUUCAAAUAUUUAACGUGUCAAGAGAGGGCGAAGCUCAAAGAUUUGAGAAGUUUUCAGGGACCAAAAACAGAAUGCUUCUGUGGCAUGGCUCCCGACUCACAAACUGGACCGGAAUUUUGUCCCAAGGUCUACGCAUAGCUCCUCCAGAAGCACCCGUAACAGGUUACAUGUUUGGCAAAGGUGUUUAUUUUGCUGAUAUGUUCUCAAAAAGUGCUAACUACUGCUGUUCGACUAAAGCUGCAUCUGCUGGCGUUCUGCUUUUAUGUGAGGUUGCUUUGGGAGAUAUGGCUGAGCUCGUAACAGCUAAUUCACACGCUGACAAGUUACCAGCUGGGAAGCUUAGCACAAAAGGAGUUGGCCAGACUGCACCAGAUCUUUCGGAGGCUCAAACACUUGAAAACGGCGUCCUUGUUCCCUUGGGAAAACCAAAAGAGCAACCAGGCCGCAAGGGAAGUUUGCUAUACAAUGAAUACAUAGUGUACAAUGUGGACCAGAUCAGAAUGCGUUAUCUUGUCCAUGUCAACUUCAACUUCAAGUACUAACAAACCAAUUGCCACCAAUUUUAUUACUUUUGGUAGCCUUUUUCUUUAUUUUGUAUUCUGUAAAUUCGUAAUUUUUUGCUCUUUACGAGGGUAGUUAUGUAAUCUGAGACCCUUUGAAACUUCUGUAAAUUAUGUAUUUGUACCUUUUUUUUGAGUAAAUUCAAGUCCAUUACAAGUG